AAGUCUCCUUAAGCUUCACUUGAGUUAUUAAAUUGAAAUUUCCUUGGCAUUGUCGUUAAUGAGUGAUAGAGUUACUGAUAAAUCACCUAAAAAAAUAUGUUUUUGAGUCACAGAACACGUGUCUGGACUUCCAUGCCAUUAUUGUAUUUAAUUGUUUAAUCGAGGGCAUUGUGUAACAGAGUAAAAUAUUACCGUUGGAAACCCAUUAUCCCUCCUGUAUAGGGAAGAGCGAAGAGCGAAGAAACCUCCCGUUUGAGAUUUGAUAAAACACAUUGGUAAAUGGUAAUCACUAACCAGAGGGAAAUCAGAGCACUUUCACGAUUCGAAAGUGAGAAAAUUAGACUUCUAUUGCGAAGGGAAGCGAAGUUCUCCAUAGCCGCAGAUAUACAGUAAUCUAGAGAGGAACAAUCCAUCAAUACCCAUCAGAUAUUGAUUCAAAUUCUGUGCAUAGAAAGCAUUAAUGGCAUCACAAGUUGGCGGUUUAGUUCAUGAUCAGAAUCUGAAUAUCCACUACAAUGCUUCUGCAGGGGGCAAGACAAAUAUCUCUAAAGCAGUGAAAAAAGGAGGCCUUGGUGGAAGGAAACCGCUUGGUGACUUGUCAAAUUCAGUGAAGCCUUCUUUAAAUCAAGCAUCAAAGAAGCAGAAUUCCAAUAUUUUCUCCUUCACCGAGCAAGAGACUGGUGUUUCUAAAAUCACAUUCGAGGCAAGCAAAAAGAAAUCAGUCUCAAAAGCGACAGAGAAAGUGCAGGCAGGUAGCAGAAGAAAAGUGCUUUGUGACAUUUCAAAUUCAGGGAAGCCAAGUCUGCAUGAGGCAUCAAAGAAAAAUCAAGGUACGAAGCUGAACGUUGUUGUUGCGGAGAACAAAAUUUAUCCGAGUGCAAUUGCAGAGGAAGGAUUUCUGCAUGAUCAUAAUGAGUGCAUCAAAGCACAGACAAGAGCUAUGGAUGUGGAUGAAUUUCUCAAGAUACUUGGACUUAAUAAUGAUUGUUCCAAACAGCUAGAGACUCCUUUGGCAACCCCAUCUUUAAGCAAUUUGAAGAUUGGAAGUCCCACAAGGCAAAUGGAACUGUAUGAGAUGGAUGAACCACUGACUGAAACUCAUAUUUCCUGGAAGCAUGAGUCGUUCAGUGAUCUCGAUUCACCUACUUGUGGAACUCCAAGAUCACCAUAUGCUCGUAUGAGUUGGAUGGAAAACGAUGAGUCCAUCAACUUUGAGUUGAUUGAGUGACUCCCCCAUAGUUGGCCAAACAUUGGACUUCAAUGUUCACUUCAGUUUGUCAGUUUGUUUCUCCCCAUGCAGGUUGAAACGAAAACUUUCCUUCAUCAUGCCUGCUUCUUUUGAAUUUGGGUAGAUAAUGUAGCUAAAUUGUGAUAGGAUUAUGACAUUGCCAUUGUUUAACAUGUUUUUUUUAUUAUUACUGCAAUUGCAUUGUUUGAUCAGUUUACGCAUUCAGAUGUUAAAUACUUGCAUACUGUAUGAGUGGUGUAGCUACCUGAGUUUUGCCUCAUAAAUGGCAGGCAGGUCUAGGAAGCAAGUUCGAAGACUGAAGCCAUUUUUAAGGCAUUA